CAACGCGAAUGACAAUUGCAUCCGAAAUGAAGAUCGUCCAAGUGCCCUUCCCCGGUAUAACCCUGUGCCAUCCACAGAGUGUUGUAGACUAUAAGGCGGAGCGGUUUGUUGAAAAGAUGUAAGUAAAACAGGGAAAGGUGUGGAGAGAUGGGCGGAAUUAGUGGAAACCUCAUCAACUUCAUCUUUACUUCCUCUAGCAAACUGCCUCUGGGUGCCACGAAAGAAUCGGUGCUUAAAACUUUACCAUCCCUUGGCUAUUUCACCGAGCACCAAUGGACCUUCCCAAGGUCGCAAGACUUAAGAAUGAUCGAUCAAGUUCUUCAGCUGAAUAACUACACCAUCGAACUGGCCAUCGAUGAGCUGGGUAUGAUAUGCGAGGAUUUCAUACUGGUGUGCUACUGGGCUGGUAAAAAGUUUCCCUGCUUUGCCAAACACGCUUUCCUCGGGUGGAUCGGUUCCACCAGCCACUACGGUGCCUGUUGCUCUUUCAACUAUCAUCCAAACGUGCGGGGAAGCAAGGAACCUUUCGUUGCCAAUACGUACGGUAUGCAUGGUGGUCUGAGCGUCAUUGGAACUGGGUACCCACAGGCAUCGGAUGGGAAAUCUGGCGCACUCUACUCGGAAGGCUUUAUGGUAGGUUACGAUCGCAGAUUGAUCAUUCCAGUGCAAGGUGCUAAUGUAAUAUCACUGUCAAACAAGCUGAUGAUACAUCAUCCGCAUGAUUUCGCCGUUGAAGCCUCGCCGCUAACGCUGAUACGACUGCGCAAGGAAACAUUCGUCAACGUUCUACCGACGGAUUCACGUUGUUCGGAGCAAGUGUUAGCAUUGCCCCAAAAUCAACGCGAUUGCAUUGUGGGCAGUGACUUUAAUCCGCCGAUUGCAAACUAUCGUCAACCGGCAUGCACGCUGCAAUGCUUACGAAACGAGGUGCAUCGGAAAUGCGGCUGUCAUCCGUUCCAUCUGCCCCAACCCACGGACAGGGGACCAGGGCAGCGUGUUAGAAACUGUACCGUCUACGAUUCGAUGUGUUUUGUGGAAAACUAUUAUAUGUUCAAACGGUUAAAAUGCAACUGUUUGCCUUCCUGUAGUGACGUCACGUACAAAACGGCAUCGAUUGUGUCCGACUUUUCGGCUUACAAUUUUUCUAUUAAUCCAUUUUAUAAAGAAACGAAUCUUUCCGAUUUUGAGUUCAUCUUUCACAUCUUCAUGAGCAAUCAGGUCGUUGCGGCUAACCGGCGCAUUGUUGUAGUGUCGUGGAUCUCCCUUCUUUCGAACCUUGGUGGAGCAUUUAGUUUGUGUCUUGGUAUAAGUGUUCUCUCACUAUUUGAAGUACUAUUUUUCACGGCUUUUCGCUUGCGAAAAAUGUAUUACCAACGAAAACAACGUAAAGAACAACAGAUCAAACUUGUAGCUCCUUUCGCCCGAUUGCAAAGAUUUUAAUCCAACAUGGAAAAACAUCUUGUGAGUUUAUCAUCACGUUUCGAUUGUACUACAGUUUGAACAAGCUUUCAU